CAUUCGGCUGCACAGAACGAGUGAGCGAGCGAGGUAUUGAUUCCCCUCGCGGUAGCAGCUCUACUUCUCUGUUCUCCAGCGCCCCAGUCGGAAGCAACUCACGUUCGUGGCUGCGGCCCACUAAUUCACUGCUUGUUCGCGUAAAGUCAAGAAGCGAGCUCGAUCAUUAUCGAGUUCAGCGAAUAAGCUCUGAGAAAUUAGAAUCGAUUUCUCUAGUCAUAAAAGUGGUCAUUUCGUUUAUCCGCUAGCAAUUAGCGGUUCUCCAGAAUUUUGGAAACCAAUACCGUCUGGAAUCUCUCCAGCGGAAUAUCACGCGUAUUUCACAAUGAAUGGAGAUACUAGUGACACAUCUGAAGAUUGGCUGUACAUGCAACGUUCGGUUAUCAUACACUGUUGAAAAAGAAACGUUACGGUUAUUUGCACAAGAUUUUGAUUCUGUAGUGAAUAAGUAAAAUCUUAUCAGAAAAGUAUACGAAUCUGCAGUCUCCUGCGUAGCACCUACACAGUUAUACAACUACAUCGAACAGCCUCACUAGAAAAACGGACAAGAAUAUUAAUAUUUCCUAGAAAAGUUUUUCUUUUGGAAGAAUUACAUUUAUAAUAUUUUUUCAACACGUGCAGGUUCACGUGGUAUGGUAUUGACAAAGAAUAACUACGCAUCAAGUUCUUCAACUAGUUUUAGAAAAUAUUUACGUGAACAUUCGAAUGAUUAAGUACCUACUUGACAUAUUUAUUAUUUUCACUAAUCUGCUCGAUUUCGCUUAGCAACGAUUUCCUAAAAUAUUUAGAUUUAUAAAUUAGAGAAACUAGGAAGUAAUGAAAUAAUAAACCCAUUUCAGUAGAUGUUGUUUUGAAGUACAAAAGAAGAAAAGAAGAAGAGGAAAAGAGGAGAAGAGGGAAGAAGAAGUGGAGAGGAGGAGACGAGAAAGAGGUAAACGUGAAUUAGAUAUAUGGAAAAGUAUAAAAAAUGUAUGUGGAAUACACGAAGAGGGAAAAUAGGAGGAUAAAGGACGUGUAUACGGAUAAAGAGAGAAAGGAAGAAUAAUUUUAGAAAAGAAUAAAGAUAUUUCAGUUGGGCAGUUAAAUGAAUAGAUUAUAAAGGAAGGGUGGAAGGCAAGAUACGAGAUUUGGUGUUCGAAUAGAAUAUGUAUAAUACAUAUAUAACGGUAUAGAGAACAUGAUAUUGAGAAAUGUAACAUAUUUUUAUACAGAGAGUUCAUUUCUAUACGUAUAUUGCAAAAGUAUUCUAUAUAUCUACUUUUGAAACCUAUCCACUUACUAAGAAAGAGUAACAUUUUUGGAAUAAUCAUUUCGAUUUGUUGAUCAAUCCCGAGAUUUGAUUAUCACUAUCAAAAGAUCGAUGAAAGUAUUAAGAGAAAGAAAAGUUUUAUUCAAAAGAGAGAGGAAGAGAGAGGAGAAAAGAGAGAAAGAGAGUGGAAGAGAGAGGGAGAAAAAGGGAGAAAAUUUUCUUCCGCACGUAUUUUGAAGGAGGAAAAUCAAAUUGAAGGAUAAAAUCGUCCUUCUUGAGAGAUAUGCUUAUAAACAAUAUGUACAGUACAAGAUCACAAUAUAUUCGCAAAAUUGUCGAUUUUCUAAAACAGAUUCAUUCUGGCUUUACAAAACAGAAAAUCACAUAAAAGGAAUCUUAGUAUUAAUCUGUAUAGUGCAAAAACAGUUUGCCUUAAAUAGAGAUUACAAAUGUACAAAUAAUUGGAAGAUUUUCAUGUUACAACGGUAAUAUUAUUAUAAUAUUUGCUCCUAUGUAACGAAAAAAAAAAACUCCUACGUAGCAAGAAGUUUGCUUCUAUUGUAGCAAAUAUUGAAAAAAAAAAGAUAUAUCAAAUAUAUUAUUAUAACGUGUAAAAUAUUGAAAUCGAUAAAGGAAUUUGUCUUUUAUUUUUGUCAUUUCUCUUGUUUUUUCUCUACAUACAUACAUACAUACAUGGCUACGCGGCUCUUAUGGACUCGUGGACUACAGAGUAAAAAGCUCUUGGUCAGAGCGAUAAUCUAAUGACCAUAGAAAAUGCACAAUGCACGACGACUGUGCCUGUUUUAUUUCUUAUGCACGUUCAUAAUUAACAUUUUACAUCUAUUCAGGAAGCUGUUCGAGCCAUACGCUGUCACUUUUACUAAGAAGAUUGUUCAAAUUUUCGACCGACGGGAAGAAUUUAUGCCUUAAACAUUUACUUUAAGCUGGUUGAGACAACCAGUUUCUGUAAUGGUUAAUGCAAUGUUUGCCAACUUAAUUACAUUCUUUCAUGUUUUCCAUCAUAAGAGGGAAACACGAUAUGAAAUGUUAUAGCGCAAGAUGCUUUUAGACACGUUCAAAUUUGAAUCAAAUUAAUGAAGAAAUUGAACGAAUCUUCCAAAUACAAAGUUGAAUCGACAGAUCGUCGAUUCCUCCGCCGUCCAAACGACAAUAAAGGCAUUGAUGGAAAAAAAUAUGAAAUGAAGGUCAAAGUGACUACGAUGAUUUUGAUGAAUUGAAAUUAGAAUUACAAGAUUACUCUUACCGAUUAACUGUUUAGAAAAAGUUAAUUCGUUUUCUCUCGUUGACUCUUCCAUCUAAACAAAGAUCUUUUUAUUUGAUUCAGCAAAAGCAUCAGCAUAACGAAGUAUAUACGAUAAUGGUAGAACCGAAAUGGUCAAUCAAAUGCAUGAAUAGUACGUUGAAUCUGUUGAAUCCGAGUAGUAGCUACACAGAUUUGAAAACACUUCAUAAGAAACAUUGCAAAAAAUAUUUUUGCCUUUGCAAAAGGCAUACCAUCAGUGUAAUAUGUAUCAAUGAAACGAGGAAAUUGUAUUGGUUUAAUUGCAAGAACGUUCGUGAAAAGGUCAACUUUGGUCUCGGUGACGGUUACUACUACAAGUUGCUCAGGAUUAUUAACAGUGCUUUGAACACUUGGGCGCAGCAUUACAUCGACGGUCUCAGCAUUGCCCGUAAAGAGAUCAUGUUCAAGAUAAACGGUACCGCCAAGAAAAAUAUGAAGCUUCUGAAGGAAGGUUGUUACUGUCAUUACCAUCCGCACAUGACAGCGGAUGCUUGCAACGCCGACUUUCUAAAAAAAGUCGUAAGUUUUUGGGCUGGCGAAGGCCUUAGGGGAAUACGCGAAAAGCUUCGCGGUAUGACAAAUUAUGCUAAAAAGAUGUCAGACGAUGAUAAAAUGUCGCUAACUACUGCUGUUAGCGACGAUGACGAUGGUGAAAGUGUCAUAAAUUCACCCUAUCGAGGAAAACAGACUGGUACCGCUGCGGCUUCGUUCAAUUGUACGGGAGCAGUUCGAAAGGCUGGAUUUUUAAGUGUGAAAAAAUGGCUAUUACGAAAAAAGCAUCAGAUCGAGCUCGCGAGAAAGAGAGGUUGGAAAGGUUACUGGGUUUGCUUAAAAGGGACUACCCUUCUCUUUUAUCCUUGCGAUUCACAAGAAAGUAGAGCCAUGGAGGCAGCGCCAAAACAUUUGAUUAUAGUUGAUGGUGCGAUAAUGCAACCAAUUCCAGAACAUCCAAAACGAGAUUACAUAUUUUGUUUAAGCACCGCAUUCGGUGAUGCUUAUUUAUUUCAGGCUCCGUGUCAAGUGGAACUCGAAAACUGGGUGAACAGCAUACAUUCCGCUUGUGCCGCUGCAUUUGCACGUCAUCGUGGUAAAACCGGAACCCUUCAUUUAUUGCAGGAAGAAAUAUUUCGUUUGGAGAAGGCGAUAGAGUCGGACCACAAACUGAAACACAUGGCGGACCUUCAACAAUCUGUUGUGUCUGACGUGGAAACAAGACAGCAAAUUAACAAUCAGAUUAUUCAAUGGGAGGAAAAUUUAGAGCGACUUCAUUGCGAACAAUUCCGACUGAGAUGCUAUAUGGCAAGUUUGCAAAGCGGUGAAUUACCAAACCCAAAGAGUUUAUUGACGCACGUAUCUCGUGCUACGAAGCAGACAUUAAACAAAUUGGGAGUCUUCACCGUAUCGUCAUUUCAUGCUUUUAUAUGUGCACGAAGUCCUUCGUUGCUGAAUAAUCUACUAGCAGGUCGAGGAGCUACCAAGAGAAGACCACCUUUACUCUCGAGAUCUAAUAGUGGAUCAAGUAGAAGAUCCCUUCAAAUAUCGUCUAGAGAUGACGAGAAAACCGUGAAGGUGUACGUACCGGAGAAUCAGCUGGUAUCGGUAUUUGUGCGUGAUGCUAUGACAGUAGAAGAAUUCCUUGCAAGUGCUUGUAACAGGAAAAAUCUUAAUCCGAUGGAACAUUUCGUUCGCGUAAAAAAACGACGCGACAUGGAGGAUCAUAAUUAUUUCGUGCCACAUAGAACGGAUAUGAUAGAAACUUAUUUGCACACUCAUGAAAUUGUUGAAGUUUGCGCAAAAAUCUUAUAUCAAGUAGAACUACAGAGAAACACCCUUGAACAAAUGUGGGGCUUUUCGGUGGAAGCAGAAUUAAUUGAGAAUUCUGAUCGACAGGAUGAAUUAUGUUGUUAUGUUAGCAGGGUUGAAGAUAAAAGCGUAGCAAUGCAAAAUGGAAUCAUUAAAGGAGACGAGAUUAUGGUAAUUAACGGUGCAAUAGUGAGCGAUUUAGACAUGAUGUACUUGGAAAGUGUAUUGCAAGAAGAAGUUGGUCUAUGUAUGAUGAUGAGAUCUUCGCGAACUGAACCUCCAGAUCUCACGGGCAUAAUGAGAGUCACUGAUGACAUAAUCGAAAGUUUGGUUUGCCCGCCACCACCUUCUGAACCACCAGUUAUUAGCGAAGAAAUGAUAUCCGGCUUAAUUGUUCCAGCUCCUGGAUGGAGCAAAGAAAGUAUCGCGCAGGAGUGUACGUCAGCAUCUCACAUGGAAAAUGGCAAACAAACAUCUCGCACAAAUUCAUUCGAAAUAGAAAAUUUAUUAAAAACCGCUGAACAAGUAACGGGAAUCUGUCGGUCACCUGGUGAAACAAGAAAAUCUAGUCCCACUGGAAGCGUUGUUAGCUCUCAUUCUCAAGCUAUGACACCAAGUCGGCAAUUAACCGAUGCUGAGAAAUUAAAGAAAGUUAUUCUAGAAUUAAUCGAAACUGAGCGUACUUAUGUAAAGAAUUUAAAUAAUUUACUGGAGAACUAUUUAGAACCCCUUAAACGUGAAACUUUCCUAUCGAAUGCAGAGAUAAAUGCAUUGUUUGGGAACAUACAAGAGAUUGUUACAUUUCAACGACAAUUUCUACAAAAUCUUGAUCAUGCGAUCGAGAUGGAAACUGAUUUCAAUAAUUUUGACCAUCCUAGUCAAUUUAAGGGUGUCCUGUUUUCCAUUGGAAGUGCCUUCUUAUAUUACGUAAAUCAUUUCAAGUUGUACAGUUCGUUUUGUGCUAGCCACUCAAAGGCGCAAAAAGUUUUACAUCCAAAUGAAGGAAACCAAGCUUUACAAGAGUUCCUGCAAGCGCGUAAUCCAAGACAGCAACACUCGUCGACUUUGGAAUCAUAUUUAAUAAAACCUAUUCAACGAAUAUUGAAAUAUCCAUUGUUGUUACAACAACUUCGAAACCUCACUGACGAACGAAGUGAAGAACACCAGCAUUUGAUUGAAGCUUUAAAAGGUAUGGAGAAAGUAGCAGAACACAUAAACGAAAUGCAAAGAAUUCAUGAAGAAUACGGAGCUAUUUUCGAUCACUUAUUCAGGCAACAUCAAAAAUCUUGUAAACAACCGAUCGACUUAAGCCCGGGAGAUCUUUUAUAUUAUGGAGGAGUCGAAUGGCUCAACAUUUCCGACUUCCUUGGUAAAAUCAAGAAAGGCUUGGAAUUACAUGCAAUGUGUUUUGUCUUUAAAUCAGCUGUUGUAUUCUUAUGUAAGGAAAGAUUGAGACAAAAGAAGAAGCUUAUGGGGGUGUCCACCAAAGUAAAUUCCAGCGAAGUAGAAAUAAUUCGCUAUCAAGUAUUGAUUCCUGUAACGGAAGUACAAGUUAGAGCUAGUUCCGCCAAAGAUAUGGAAUCUCAUUUCCUGUGGGAAUUGAUUCACUUAAGAAGUCAAUUACAGAGAAGAUCGGAAAAAGUAUACGUCCUUUCUAACAGCACAACAGAAUUCAGAAAUGCAUUUUUGAGGACGAUACGUCAAAUUAUUCGGGAAUCGGUUCGAAAUAUGAAUAUACCAUCAACGAAACAGAACUUGAGUCAAUCAUCGAUUACUAUUUCACCACGAAUGUCGACCGGACAUGUUGAAAAAUUUGAGAAGCAGUCAGCAAACCAAGUACAAAACGGCAGUAAUAGUAGCACCACAACUACCGGUACGCUAUCAAAAAAAACGGCUAAGCCACAAUUGUUGCCAACUUCCCAUAACAUAAAGCGAAAAUAUAGUCAAUCGAAACAAGCAACGGAGCACGAAAGCUCCGAAGAUAAAGAUACCGAGGAGCCAGCAAGUGUAAUUAAUCAGCAACAGACAUUUCGCUCCCGAAGCAAAACUAUAAGCGAUACAUCCGGAGAGAUAAAAGUCGAAAUGGAUUCAGGAACAAAAUCCGAAGGAGAAGAAGAUUCCCAAGCUUUUUUAGGUGAGAAGAAGGCAAAUUUGGGCCGUACACCGAAUCAUUUGACUUUGAGCACCACUUCAACCAUUUCAGCAGGAAGUACAGGUAGUCAGGCGAGACUGAUCCAGUCUUCUCAUCAACCGGAAAAUUAUCAGCCAAUCGCAGUCAAGGAACUUGGUUCACCAAUUUGGAAACCACGAGAAUUACCUUCGCUAGGAGAAUCUACGACGUUACCACGUAAGGGUAAGUCGGCCAGUGAGUUUGGGGAUAUAAACUCAUCUCAUAGCGCCUCCCGAAAGUCUCUAAUAGAAAUCAAUAAUUGUGCUCAACAAUCUAAUUGUAAUAACCAUAUUUAAAUUAAA